CAAUUUCCCCACAUUCCUUAUCUCCAUCUAAGUGGCCGUGCUUCUUCUUCCUCACCAAUAAAGAUAACUCGUCAACACUCCACCGUCCAUUCUUCCGCUCAUCGAAUCUCCACCGUCCUUUCCUCUCAAAAUCUCACCCUUACCCCAAUCUCACACCACAUUUCUCACACCACCAGAAACUCUCCCUCUCUCACACAACCACCACCAAUGGCAUCCUCACUCCAACACGCAGCGUUUUGUACUCAGGCCAAAAUCCCAGCAUCGUCCCGUCUUUCAAGACCCACCCAAAAACCCAUCAACCUCUCCUUCUCCGCCACUUUCCCUUCCCUCAACCUAACCACAACCGCCCCUAGCCGCCGCUCAUUCGCCGCCAAAAUGUCAGCAACAGCCGCCGCAAGCUACGCAUCAGCAUUAGCCGACUUAGCAAACUCAAACAACACACUAGACUCGACCUCAACCGACGUCGAAAAAAUCGACCAACUCUUCACAGACCCACAAGUGCUCAGUUUUUUCUUGAACCCAACAAUCGACGCAGAGAAGAAGAAAUCAGUGAUCGAAGAGUUCGCGAAAACGGAGAAAUUUCAGCCUCAUACGGCUAAUUUUAUGAACAUUUUAGUGGAAUCCAAUAGAAUCGAGUUGAUGAAAGACAUAGUGAAGGAGUUCGAGUUGGUUUACAAUCGGAUAACGGGUACAGAGCUGGCCGUGGUGAGCUCCGUGGUGAAUUUGGAGUCGGCGCAGAUGGCCCAGAUUGCGAAACAGGUUCAGAAACUAACAGGGAGUAAGAAUGUGAGGAUUAAGACGGUGAUUGAUCCGAGUUUGGUGGCUGGAUUUACAAUUAGAUAUGGCGGGAGUGGGUCUAAAUUGAUUGAUAUGAGCGUCAAGAAACAGCUGGAGGAGAUUACUGCUCAGCUUGAUUUGAGUGAUAUUACACUUGCUGUAUGAUCAUUUAUGUUUUAUUUUGAUUUUGCUUUUCUGUUAUUAGUUCAACUGUUCUAUUUGUUUCUUGGAGACAGCUUAUAUAUAGUGGAAACCAUUGAUUCAGUAUUCAAUUUAGAAAAUGGGUAAUUUGUGAUAUAGAAGGAAUGGAAUGUUUCGACCUGAAUCCUUUUCCAGAAUAAACUAGUAAAUAUUUCGAGA